AUGGCGGUCAUCGGCAUCGGCCCAAGUGAGGGGCGCGACCUCAUUGACCUUGGAUUUGCCACCCCUGACGUCCCUUCACCGGAUCAAUUCUCGCAAAAUCCCCAUCCGAAGCUUUCAGAAACCUCUGGAAAGCUUCGGGGUCUGGUAAAAGGGCCGUUUGGCAUCAGCGACGACUCCGAGAGCGAGGAGGAGGGCUUGAUGAAGGAUCGAUUCGGCGGCGGCGAAGGCGAGGAGCAGAUGCAGGAGCCAAACGAUGCAAAUCAGGAUCAGCUCGAACGGCAUAAAAUCCAAUUCGCGCUAUCCGCUCUGGAUGAUUUUGAGGAAAUUUACUGA